UGCAGUUUCCGUAAUCACGUUGUUGAAAUUACAUAGGAAGAAACGUGCGCUUUGACAUAGCCUACUAGAAGCAGCCUCUCUGGACGAAUAAACAAUAUUUUUUCAUUUGAAAAUAGUUUUCACUGUCAAAUCGCCAUGUCUGACGCACAGGUUGUACCUGGCCAGUUUGACGACGCAGAUGAAUCUGAAAGCGAGGAGUCCAGCUGUGACCUACCGACUGGAGAAAUACCGGCGCUACAGGUGGAACUGAGCGGAGUGAACCUAAAUGCACAAGCUGAGGACCAAAGAGAGGAAGAGGAAGAUGAAGAUGAGGUGGAUGAUGAUGAUGAUGACGACGACGAGUGGGAUUGGAGUCAGAAUGGGAGAGAUUUGACCAAGCGCUACACAGCCCUGAGAACAGGCCUUAAUCAACAGGCAAAUAAACAAAAUCCCAGCAGCAAAUCAGCGAAGAUGUCUACCCCCACCGACAAGGCACUGAGGAAAUUUGAGCAUAAAAUAAACCUUGAUAAACUGAACUAUGCAGAUUCUGUGAUCAACAAAGUGACAGAGAUGCAGAGGCAAAGGGAAGCAGACACGUAUCGAGUGAAAGACAAAUCGGACAGGGCUACUGUGGAACAGGUUUUGGACCCGAGGACGCGUAUGAUUCUGUUUAAGAUGUUGAGCAGGGGAGUGUUCUCAGAAAUCAACGGCUGCAUCAGCACAGGCAAGGAGGCAAAUGUUUACCAUGCAACCACCGCUGGGGGAGAGAACAGGGCAAUUAAAAUCUACAAGACCUCUAUUCUGCAGUUCAAGGAUCGGGACAAGUACGUCAGCGGGGAGUUCAGGUUUCGUCACGGCUACUGCAAAGGGAACCCCAGGAAAAUGGUGCGGACCUGGGCCGAGAAGGAAAUGAGGAACCUGAUCAGGCUGCAGACCGCCCAGAUCCCCAGUCCAGAACCAAUAAUGCUCCGCAGCCAUGUCCUCGUCAUGAGUUUCAUCGGCAAGAACGACACGCCGGCCCCGCUGCUGAAGAACGCGAUGCUGUCGGAGUCCAAGGCCCGGGAGCUGUACCUGCAGGUCCUCCAGAACAUGAGGAGGAUGUACCAGGAGGCCCGGCUGGUUCACGCCGACCUCAGCGAGUUCAACAUGCUGUACCACAACGGCGACGCCUACAUCAUCGACGUGUCUCAGUCUGUGGAGCACGACCAUCCGCACGCGUUGGAGUUCCUGCGCAAGGACUGCUCUAACGUCAACGACUUUUUCGUGAAAUACAACGUCGCAGUAAUGACGGUCCGGGAGCUGUUUGAGUUUGUUACUGACCCCUCCAUCACUGGUGACAACAUCGACCAGUACUUGGAAAAGGCAAUGGAGAUAGCUUCAGACAGGACAGCAGAAGAAAGGUCAAAUCAGGACAAAGUGGAUGAAGAGGUUUUCAAGAAUGCCUACAUCCCUCGCACGCUGACAGACGUAACGCACUACGAGCGCGACGUGGACGACAUGAUGAAGAUGAAAGAGGAGGAUACUUUGUUCGCCGCGCAGAACGACAACAUCCUGUACCAGACAGUCACAGGACUAAAGAAGGACUUAUCUGGUGUGCAAACGGUGCCGGCUCUGUUGGAGGACUGUGAUGAGGAGGAGAGUUCGGGUUCUGAGGAAGAGGGAAGUGAGGGGUCUGAAACCGACGAGGAGUGCCCUAACAAGGAUGGCGAGGAGGCGUCACAGAUUGACAAGAAGGAAAGAAAGAAAUUGGCAAAAGACGCCCAAAGAGAGAAGAGGAAGAACAAGGUGCCAAAACAUGUGAAGAAGCGGAAAGAGAAAGUGGCUAAAAUGAAGAAAGGAAGAUAGAGGGGGCAACAACCAAAGAUCUCUGUGACUAUUUAAAACUCCUCCACCCACAAGGGGGCACCAUUCAACAGGCUUUUGGUUAUCCUGUCACCAGUACACUCAAGACUUACAGACUUUUCUACAGAAUCUAAGUGGUGUGGAAUGUUGCUCCUGCCUAAUUAAACAAUGUGCAAUGCGGUCAAUGGCAGGCUCUUGCAUAAGAAUUGAAUUGAACUGGAACUAGUGCAUGUGAUCCAAUUGGAGGUCCUUGUCUUCACAGGAACUGUGACAACAAGAUGUUGGCAGUUUAUUAUGAUUUAGUCUGUGGGGAGGUUGGUAAUACUCAAAUUGCAAAAUAUUUUAAAUUUGUGACAACAUCGCUACUGCAUCAAACACACUUUAUUUAAAUUGUCUUGACAUGUUUGCAAAAUGAGAUUGAUUAUGUGUGCUGUGGCUCAGCAUAAUGGAAUAAAUUUCCAGAUUUUA